ACUGUUACAUUGGCAACCGCCACCUACUCUGUUGCAUGUAUGCUAAGGAGCCACAAGGAAUUGAAAAAUAAUGUAUAGUUAUUUCAAAGGGAUUUAGGUCAAGUCUGCUCAGGUUUUUCUAUGCUAGUAGCAAGAAAAGGAUCUUCAAGCCUGUUUUGUCCUAGUGAUGCAGCCCUUCUUGGGUGAAAACUGCAAGGAGAGAGAUCUUUGCCCAGCAACAAAAAUCAAAACUGCAAGACAAAGUAUAAAAGUUACAUGGAUAAGCACUGCUCACUGCACCAACAAGGUGUACUCAGCACCAUCUCGAAAGGCCGCUACCUUUGCAGUAUCGCUUUGCCGUGACGACAGCUCCAUCUUGUGGCGCAGCGGCGAAUUCGGCCCGUGGGUGUGAAUCCUCCGCGAGCUCCGGCGCGUGGCCGGGUAUCUCUGCAGCAUCCCUUUAUCCCUUUGGUGCCCCAAGCAGCAGCCCAGCAACAGCUGCUGCAAAUAGAAGCCUCGAGAGAUCGGCUGCUCGCCUCUAAAAGGUCAAUAGCACAGUCAGAAAGGGGCAGCACGGACCCAACCCACCAUUUGUGUACCACUGAGAUUCCUUGCAACCCAUAGAGCUGAUUGCAAUGAGUUUACAGCUUGUACUCCAAGUACAGCUUGAUUCCUCUGUUUCUGCUUUCCUCUUUUGCUUCCCAAGACUAGAUUUCCCUGCUUCAAAGAACUACAGAGCAGCCUCCAGGCUUUUUAUGAUUUACCAGCAUUUUACAUCGCCCUUUAAUGUCCUGUAAAUCACUUUUUAGCAUCUUUCCCAAAAUGCCCUUUUCCAGCUCCUCUGCUUUCCCAGCACUCCAGCUGCUCUUGCAGAACAAACUUAAUUUGCAUCGACUUCUGCUCCCAAACAAAGCUGACUGCAGUCGCCUCCCCUGCCCUGCGGAGUUCAUUAGUACCUCAUUGCAGUGGACAUCUCCUCACCCUAUGUAUAUUAGUAUUACAUAAAGCAACUGACCAUAUCAGCAUGUUUAGUGUCCGUGAAGCACUUUGAGAGCUGAGAGACAAAAUCUGGGUGCAUAAAUUCUGUGUAGCACCAUACGAGUUGUACUCUUUUCAAGUUCUCAGGUUCCAACUGACAGCCAGGCUUCUUCACUAAUGACUCCAAGCCAGUUGCUUCAGCCCAAAGUUGUGCAGAUGCUCAACAUGUUGGGCUCUUUAGAAAAUCUGACUAUUAAGAGUGAUUUGCUUUGUCUUAUGAACUGGAAAUCCUGCCCUGUACCUCCUGCACCACCAGGAGAGGUGAUAGUGAGACGUACCCAUCAAACAGCACCAUUGUAGAAAUGCCUUCCAACACUUGUCAAAGAGAAAAGUACUUAAUGCUUUAAGUUUGACAAAAGCAUGGUGCAGAAACAGAGAUUAGCCAUCAAACUGCAGACUGCAAACCACUUGUGCUCCACAGAGGCACAUAUGGGGACUGCAGAGUCGUAUUGAACAGCCAGACCUAUGGCAUGUUCAGCUUCAAAGCUGCGUCCCAAUUAAAAAACAAAGAAAAUGAUGCAAUUAGAGGGUAUGACAGUAGGAAGCACAGAAAAACUACGAAGAAAGUACUUGUCUUAUUUGGUCAACACUUAAUAAAAGCUGAUUUAGAAAGCAUCCAUACUGCAGAGAUGAAUGAGGGUGGCACAGUGGCACUGCAGCUACCAGGAGGGUAGAGAGAAAAAGGCCACUGCAAGUCUUUGGAGAGAAAGAGAUCUACUGAGAUAAAAAAAUUCCUCUAUGCAAAGUAAUAGAAGCAACAUAUCAACUGGUAUAAUACCUCUGGAAAAUGUGUAAUAGUGUAUAUUUGACCUCCCGGAUAAAUUAGAUGGACUAAAGUGAUUCUCCCCUUCUUCAGCUUCUGAGAUGCUCUAAUUCAAGGAUAAAUGUAUACAGAUGGAAGAAAAUCAUGUUGACAAGUCAGCACAGAGCUUCUUCCAAAUGCACAAAAAAAGAAAACAAAUCUUAUUUAAAGCUUCACAGAGAACCCUCUUUCCCAGCGUAGCAGCUCCCUGCUGUGCAAAGGGCCACACGCAGUGAAUAAGUUGAUCAGCAAAACAUGUCAGUGAGGCAAGCGCAGCAAAUCAGUAAUGACCUUGUCUUGAAGAAUUAAAGCUUGACUGGAGCACUGAUGGCUGAGAGCUGUCCUCAGCUACUCUGAGCUGCCCUGCAGUAAGGCCAGCAGGCGUGAAAACAAGCCCAUAUUGCCAGCACACCAGCAGCAUGGACAGACUGCAGAGCGGGGGCUGUCGGUGCCCUGAUCAUCCUGAGCACCCUCAGCUGUGCAUGGCUCCCCACCACAUACACUCCUUCAGAAAACAAGGCUCAAAGGAGAUGCUGACUGCAGGGGCCCAGCAUCAGCUUUAUGUCUGCAGUGGUUCUUUCCCACCUCUAGUGCUCUACGCAGCAUUUCCCAGCUAUGGGCUCAAAGCAGAUUUCCCUUAUCUUGUAAAUAGCAUGACCUUAAUUUCUGUCACCACAGCUUGAUCAGCCUUGCUGAAGUAGGGCCAGAUUUGUGCUGAAAUGAGAGGAGAAUCUGCUCCUAACUUUAAAAACAAACUAAAAACAAAUGAGUUUACUACACCCUGGGAAUUUUCCAACAUGACACAUCCAUCAAUUUUCCUCCCUGACUAAUGCUUGGCAAAAUGGAACUGUCAAAACUUUUUAAUUUAAACCAAAUUGUUUGUUAUUUGUUCCAAGCCACAUAUUAAAUGUCAGUGUGAAAAGUUUCCGUGCAGCCAUUGCGGGCACACGUUGCUACUCUUUGACCUACACUAAAGAACAGCCCUGGAGAAGCCAAAACCCACUGAGGGACUGUGUGCACACAGCUGGGCCCUGUGCCUUCUGCCGCUGCAGUAAAUCCCACUCGUACCCCGCACAUUCCCCUCAUCCUGAAGUCUUUAGAGGUGAAAUCAUUAACUCUCCUUCUCCAUUUUUAUUCUUUUGGCACUGAAAAACCCCUCUGUGGCAACGACAGUUCGGCGUAUUUUCUCCGCCUGCUCAUCACACCCUUAGAAAAUUAAGUUAUUAAUCAUCUAAACAUUCACUUCUGCUGCACCGAGUCUCUCUGGCAAGGAAGUCCCAUAGGUGACCGCUUCAAAUAUCACUCUUUCUAUUGAAGCUUUUUGGAUUAAAACAACAGCUGAAGUAUGGACAAAUGCACCUUGUGAUAAGUGCUGCCCAGAACUAUGCUUUUAGAAUAGUCAACUGAGCUCCUAGCUUGUAUUUCACUAAUUUGAUUACUUGGUCCAAAAAAAGAAGAGAAAAAAAGCCCAAUCCCACACUCACUGUGUGGUUUAUCUGAGGUCUACUCAUACAGCAAAGCAUUGCCUGCAAGAAGGAUGAGAAGUUUGCAGCAAAAUUGUUUUGUAACAGAUGUAUCAAUGGAAAAAGUUAGUAACUGGGAGUGUUCUCUCUUUCCCUGUCUCUCAGUUGCUAUUAGUGCUGGUCUUUAGGGUGUAGCUUUCCUCUUGGGCUUCUGUGUUUGUUUUACGUACUGCUUUCCUGUUCCUUUUGGUCAGGAGCCUUUUUACAAUCAGGCGAGAUAAUACUGAGCAGCAGCACCGAAUCUGCAGGACAAAAUGAGCCUUUGCUUCAAAUAUCCAAGAGACAGAUGGAGGUCCUUCCAUCGUCCCACUGCAGCAAGCAAAGCCAACACUGGGCGACCCUCUAAAAUGUUUAUUUGGACCAGUGGCCGGAGCUCUACAUCUUACAGACACGAUGAGAAAAGAAAUAUUUACCAAAAAAUCAGGGAUCACGAUCUACUGGACAAAAGGAAAACAGUCACAGCCCUAAAAGCUGGAGAAGACCGGGCCAUACUCCUCGGGCUGGCCAUGAUGGUGUGCUCUAUCAUGAUGUACUUUCUCCUGGGAAUCACCCUGCUGCGGUCCUACAUGCAAAGUGUCUGGACAGAAGAAGCUCAGUGCUCGCUUCUCAACGCAUCCAUCACCGAAACCUUCAACUGCUCAUUUAGCUGCGGCCCAGACUGCUGGAAAAUCUCUCAGUACCCCUGCCUGCAGGUGUACGUCAAUCUCACUUCUUCUGGCCAGAAGCUUCUGCUCUACCACACCGAAGAAACAAUGAAAAUUAAUUCUGAGUGUUCGUACAUACCCAAGUGUGGUAAGAAUUACGAGGAAUCCAUGUCAACGGUGAACGUUGUGAUGGAAAACUUCCGAAAGUAUCAACGCUUCUCCUGCUUCUACGACCCUGAGGGCACCCAGAAGAAUGUGAUAUUGACCAAACUGUACAGCUCCAACGUGCUGUUCCACUCACUCUUCUGGCCCACAUGCAUGAUGAUCGGUGGCGUUGCCAUCGUUGCGAUGGUCAAGCUGACUCAAUACCUUUCUCUCCUCUGUGAGAGAAUCCAAAGGAUCAACAGAUAAGAAUGAAAACUCCUCCAGGAGUUAAUUACAACUAAAAUACUGUUCUCUCAUUCUUCACCAAAGAACCUUAAGUUUGUAACGUGCAAGUCUGUUAUAAGUUCCUUACUAUAUUCUUAUGAGUAGAGCAAUAAUGCAAAAGCUGUUCUAUAUGCAAACAUGAUGUUAUUAUUAUGCAGACAACCGAAAAAAUUACUGUUUGUGUUGAUCAUGUUGUUUGACGCUGAGACUUGUACUUCUUUCUUUUCUACAGCCAGAAUUGGGCUUAGUGUGACCAUUUGCCAAGCUCAGUCAAUGGACUUUUUCAAUGUAAAGGAUUCUGGGGAAAUUCACACCUGGACAAAGGGCAGUGAAUGAUUUGUGCAUCACUGAGGUCUCACCUCUGGCUCAGCCCUGCCAAUGGAUUUCUGGUUUUGCCUUUUUGUUAUUGGCUGCAGGGGAUAAAAAGCAGGGAAAUAAGACAGGGGUUUUUCUAAGAGCAGGUGGCACCACGUGGACUACUGCGAGGCCAGGGUAAGCAUGAGCAUUUUCUGCCUAAGUAAAACUUGGUGAUGCUAUGUGGUAACUCCCCCAGUUCAGAAGUAAAUUUUACCCUGUGGUAUGUACAGUCUUUUGCAAAACACUUUGGAGUUCUAUUUAUUUAACGCUGUCUUUUCCUUCUGUCUUACCAACAGCAUCUUUGUCAUCUGCAGAAGCUGUAGCCAAAAAACAACAACAACAAAAACACACACAAAAAAACCCACAACACAACAAAAAUCACCUUGUUCCAUUUUCUACUUCAGUCUGAGCCCCUGCAGAUGGAGAUGGGACCAGAACUCCUUAUGUAAAGGUUUAUUACUCAUUUGCCAUGUAUUUGCUACCAUAUCACUGUAAAGAAAAAGUAACACAAUCAGCUAUUUUUUCAUUUUUUACCUCCAACUAUUUUAGAUUUUUUACUUGAUAUAUAUACAGAUAUAUAUAUAUAUAUAUAUAUAUAUAUAUAAAGAAAAGCUAUAUUAUAUCUAGUUGUGUAUCGGAACUUGAUUAUGGGGUGGUGGCUUUAUUGUUUUUACCAACUGAGAAGUGAACAACGUAACUUAUGUAUUCAUAACCUUCAGCCUUGGAUAAUAUCAUAACGUGGAGGCACUGCAGGAUUCCAUCCAAUAUUCAUGAUGUUGUGUCAGGCAAAGGUCCCUAUUGCUGUAACAUCCGAAAUGACAAAAAUCUAAUCCAAUUCUACAGCUCUUAUUAACUGAACUGUUGGAUAAUAAUCCUAAUACUUCUGGAAAUCUCUCCUGACCUCAACUCAGUGUGCAGAUCUGGAUAAAGUGAAUUCUGAUUUAAAAUGCCCAGGUACAAGGAUUUAUUGGAAAAACUCUUGUUUAUUUCUAAUAUGUUGAUUCUAUCUGUCAUUUAUUUACCAGAGGGAUAUUGCAGGUCUGAUUACACACACACUAUAGCCAUGAUUUCUGCAUAAUUUAUUCUUAUUCCCCACAUAGAAAACGUUGCUUUUAAUGCUGUUUAAAGGCAUCUCUCAUAGUUUCUCAUUUUGCACUUAGUCUGAAGGACAACAGCAGGCUGUGAAUUCACUGCCCAGUGACUCAAAGGAAUCAUUUAUAGGCCUGUCCAAACCAAGAAACUAACAUUUUUCCCGUCAAAAAGACUGCAAAGCAAAUCUUCUGCCUCCUUCAUCUCUAUAUAAGUACCUUUCUGCAACACAGAAUUAAAAAUUUCAAGAUGUUUUGAAACUUUAAAGUCAUGCAAGUGUAACAGGAGCUGUUAAAAAAAAAACAAAAACAGUUCUAAGCAGUAAAAAUGGAGCUGCAAUCUUGUAAUCAGCAGUAUAAUUUUCCUUAGUGAAAUAAAUGCCUGAAGGGUGUGGGGAUAAUCAGGGUUCCAAAGGUAUGUAAUAAAAAUAUUGAAUUAAAUCCUCCAGAUUUCAAUA